AUGCAAGACCCAAUAGCAAUCCCUGCUUCUUUCCCGUCAGGUGAAAAACCAGCCGAUGACACAACCUCAGUGACAAAAUCAGGCCAGAGCGUAUACAUCUCCGUCUACAAGACCAAAAUAGCCGAUCAGAGCCGUUCGAUCACCAUCACAUGGUGCAAGAACCUCCUGCUCCACGGCCUCUCUGUUUCACUACAAGGCCCCAACGGCGAGCCCCACUACAACACCUGCAAAAUCGAGCUCAAACCCUGGUGCUUCUGGCGAAAACAAGGCGCCAAACGGUUUACCGUCGAUGGAAAGCAAGUCGAAGUCUUCUGGGACCUCAAGUCGGCGAAAUUCAACGGCGAGACGGAGCCGUGUUCGGAGUACUACGUCGCCGUUGUUUGUGAUGAGGAGGUGGUUCUGCUCAUCGGGGACUUGAAGAAAGACGCGUAUCGGAAGACCGGGUGUCGCCCGGCUUUGAUCGAUCCGAUCAUGGUCUCGAGGAGAGAGCAUGUUUUUGGGAAGAGGAAGUUUUCGACAAGGAUAAGGUUUCGUGACAAAGGCAGGUUUUAUGGGAUCUCAAUUGAGUGCAAGAAUGUUGGGGGCUUGAGUACUGAUGAAGGGGGUGAUCCUGAAAUGGAUAUUAAGAUUGACGGGGGAGUGGUGAUUCAAGUCAAGCACUUGCAAUGGAAAUUCAGAGGUAAUGAGUAUGUUUAUGUGAACAAGGUGAGGGUGGAAGUGUAUUGGGAUGUUCAUGAUUGGCUUUUUAGUCCUGGUUUGAGGCAUGCCUUGUUUAUUUUCAAACCUAAUCUGUUGUCCAAUUGUUCUCCGUCGUCGUCGGCGAUUUCGUCGCUGGCGUCGACGCCGUUGUCGUCUCAGACGGGCAGUUCUGGGUCUGUAGGAGAUGGGUUUAAUGGAAGUGGGUCGUCGUCAUCGUCAUCGGAGUCGUCGGAGUUUUGCUUGUUUCUUUAUGCUUGGAAGGUUGAGUGA